AUCGACAUUUAAAAAAAUAGAGACAAUUCUCUAAAAAAUUGACAGCAUUUCAUAUGCUCUCAUAUUAAGUUAAUAUUAAAUAUUUUUGUUUUUUAAUAUAUUUUAAAAUAAUCAAUAGAUUGAAAAUAAAUCAAAAUGAGUAGAUUUUUUGCCACUGGAUCGGAUUCCGAAUCCGAAAGUUCGUCAGAGGAGGAGCAAUUGCCAAGAGCACCAGCAGCAGUAUUUACGUUUAGUGAUGAUGAAGAGGAAACUAAACGUGUUGUGCGUUCAACAAAAGUUAAACGUUAUGAAGAACUUACAAAUAUUAUUAAACAAAUUCGAAACUAUAAGAAAAUUAAGGAUAUGAGUAGUAUGCUUUCAAGUUUCGAAGAUCUAAUGCGUGCAUACACAAAAGCAUUACCUGUUGUCGCCAAGGAAGAGAAUGGACAAACACCAAGAUUCUAUGUUCGUUGUUUGGCUGAAUUGGAAGAUUUCAUCAACGAAAUGUGGGAAGAUCGUGAAGGACGUAAAAAUAUGUCCAAAAAUAACUCAAAAUCCUUAACAUCAAUGCGACAAAAGUUAAGAAAAUAUAAUAAAGAAUUCGAAGAAGAUAUAACAAAACUUCGUGAAAAUCCUGAUCAACCUGAUGAAGAGGAAGAAGAAGAAAAACCUGAAGUCGAAGUUGAAUCAGAAGAAGAAUUACCAGUACGUGGGGGAGUUCGUCGAUCAGGUUCAGAAAGUAUUAGUGCACCCAUUCCUACAUCAAAAGGAGACGAUGCUGAUAGUGAAGAUUCUUAUUGGGGCUCUGAUUCCGAUUCAGAUAGUGACUCCUCUGAAGACGAUGCUCAAUAUACUAGUAUUCGUGAAAAGUUUUUGAAAAAAACUAAUGUUGAAAAAGACGACGAUGAAGAUCGUGAUAAGAGAAGAGAACGUAAAGAAAGAAAAGAAAAGGAACGACGCCGUAUACGGCGUGAACCUGGCGAAGAUGGCGAAGGAGAAUGGGAAACUGUUAAAGGUGGAGUUGCCAUUCCAAGUGAAAAACCAAAAAUGUUCGCAAAAGAUGCUGAAAUCGAUACUAAUUUGGUUGUACGUAAAUUAAUCGAAGUGAUGGCAGCGCGUGGUAAAAAACGUACUGACCGCCGUGAACAAAUGGAAUUAUUACAAGAAUUACAAUCAGUAGCUGAACAACAUAAAUUGGGAGCUGGUGUGCUAUGUAAAAUUAAAUUUGCCAUUGUUUCAGCCAUAUUCGAUUACAAUCCAAAAGUUUCUGAUGCAAUGAAACCUGAAUAUUGGACAAAAUUAUUGGAACGUAUGGGAGACUUAUUAGACUUGUUGUUAGCAACUCCUGAUUUAGUGUUGUCUGAAACAAUUGCUGAUGAUGGCGAGCAAAUGGAAACACCUCCAUAUAAAGUACGCGGUUGUGUGUUGACAUCAGUGGAACGUUUGGAUGACGAAUUCACAAAAUUGUUAAAAGAAUGUGACCCACAUAGCAAUGAAUAUGUUGAUCGAUUGAAAGAUGAAAGUCGUGUUGCAACAAUUAUUGAUAAAGUUCAAGAAUAUCUAGAACGUACCAGUGUACAAUCAGAAUUGUGUCGAAUUUAUUUAAGAAAAAUUGAACAUUUGUAUUAUAAAUUCGAUCCACAAGUUUUAAAACAAAAAAGUGGGGAAGUACCAAGUAAUGUUAUUACAUCACAACAAGUAAUGGACAAACUAUGUAAAUAUAUUUAUGCCAAGGAUGGUACCGAUCGUCUACGUACCCGUGCAAUUCUGGCACAUAUUUAUCAUCAUGCUUUGCACGAUAACUGGUUUGAAGCACGUGAUUUAGUUCUAAUGUCACAUCUUCAAGAAACAAUCCAUCAUUCUGAUCCCUCAACACAAAUUCUAUACAAUCGUACAAUGGCUCAUCUUGGAUUAUGUGCAUUCCGUCAUGCCAACAUUAAAGACGCCCAUAAUUGUCUAGUUGAUUUAAUGAUGACCGGUAAACCUAAAGAGUUACUGGCACAAGGUUUAUUACCACAACGUCAACAUGAACGUAGCAAAGAACAAGAAAAAAUUGAAAAACAACGUCAAAUGCCAUUCCAUAUGCAUAUUAAUUUGGAACUGUUGGAAUGUGUGUAUUUGGUAUCGGCUAUGUUACUAGAAAUUCCAUAUAUGGCUGCUCAUGAGUUUGAUGCACGUCGGCGGAUGAUUAGUAAAACAUUCUAUCAACAAUUACGGUCGUCUGAACGACAAUCGUUAGUUGGGCCACCAGAAUCAAUGCGUGAACAUGUAGUUGCUGCAGCUAAAGCUAUGCGUCAUGGUAACUGGUCGGCGUGCAAUAAUUUUAUUAUCAAUGAAAAAAUGAAUGCUAAGGUUUGGGAUUUAUUCUAUCAAGCUGAUAAUGUUCGAGGAAUGUUAACCAAAUUGAUUCGUGAAGAAUCCUUACGAACAUACUUAUUCACUUAUUCCCAUGUAUAUGAUUCCAUUUCAAUGCCAGCUCUAGCAAAAAUGUUUGAAUUAGAUCGAGCUGUUGUUCAUUCUAUUAUAAGUAAAAUGAUAAUCAAUGAAGAAUUAAUGGCUUCAUUGGACGAUCCAACAUCUACCGUUGUUAUGCAUGGCAGUGAACCUUCCCGUUUACAAUCGUUAGCACUCCAACUUACUGACAAAUUAAACAACUUUGUGGAUUCAAAUGAACGAAUAUUCGAAAUGAAACAAGGAAACUUCUUUAUCCGGGGCACAAAUCAAGGUAACUUCCGUGGUGAUCGACAAAAUUAUCGUGCAGGUCAAAAUCAAGAAUGGAAUCGUCAACGCCGUGAACGUGGAGCACAAAGAAAUACGGAAUAUAAUCAAUAAAUAUUUAUAAUAAAAUUUUUUUUAAAAUAAAGUA